UCACAACGGAAAAGAAAUUGUUCAUUCACAUUUAUGCAGACAAAAAGCAAAAACAGAUUGAAACAAGUUUAUCAACAUAUCGUACAAAAAGUGACAACUCUUCAUGGUUGGAUAGGGAAUUAUGAAUAUGGAAGACUCUUUACUCCAAGGAUUCCCUAUUUGUUCCAUUCUAAGACAACUCCUCCUUUUCUUGCACAUAAGGAAGAACUGCCUAUCUUGGCAGCAGCCAUUGUUGGCUUUCAGCAUGCUUUGGCAAUGAUGGGAGGUAUUGUUACGGUUCCAUUGAUACUAUCUGGAUCGGGAAGCAACAACUUGAACUUGGACGAUUCUUAUCGCACCUAUAUGGUUGCUUCUGCUCUUAUUGCUUCAGGCAUUCUCUCUAUCAUUCAGAUAACGGGAUUGAAGAUAAGAAAAACUGGAUAUCAACUAGGAACUGGGCUUAUUAGUGUAGUUGGUACUAGUUUCACUACCCUGCCGGUGGCCCAAGCAGCAUUUUCUACUAUUCGAAAGCAUGGGGAAUAUAACUGCUCCUUGGAAGGUCCUUGUCCUGAAGCCUUUGGAGCUAUGUUAGGCACAAUCAUGGUUUGUUGCUGGUUAGAGGUUGCUAUAAGUUUUCUUCCUCUCACAAUUUUAAGAAGGGUAUUUCCUCCCCUCGUGACGGGUUCCGUUGUGGUGUUGAUUGGAGCUUCAUUGGUAGCAUCAGGUUUCCAAGAUUGGGCAGGAGGUAGCGGUUCUUGUUAUAAUUACUCUAGAGCAGUUUCUAAUUUGGAAGCUCUUGGAGUUGAAAACAUAUCUGCUAUCCUUCCAUCCAGUUUGAGCAUUUGCCCGUCUUCUCAAUACGCUUAUCAGAAAUAUCCUUUUGGAGAUGCAAAAUGGAUUGGAUUGGGCUCCAUUGUCUUUUUGACCAUCAUAGUGAUUGAGAUAUUUGGUUCGCCAUUUAUGCGCACAGCAGAAAUUAUGAUUGGCUUCUUACUUGGAUUACUUGUUGCCUCAGUUCUUAAUUAUACCAAUAUAGAAUCUGUUCAGGGCGCUCCUGUAAUCACAUUUCUAUGGACCAAAACUUUUCCUAUUCGAUUCUAUCCUCCAGCCAUUAUUCCAUUAUUGAUAGUGUUUGUGGUGCUAGCUAUUGAAGCUAUGGGUGAUGUUACUGCCAGUAUGGAAGCUUCUCAGUUGCCUAUCAUUGGAAAAGAGGCCAAUGGACGCUUGCAGGGAGGUAUUUUGGCAGAUGGUUUGAAUGCAUUUCUUGGAGCACUGAUGACCACUUUUCCUUACAGUACCUUUGCACAAAACAAUGGAGUGAUUGCAAUGACUCGUUGUGCGAAUAUAUGGGCUGGAUAUUGGUGUUGUCUGUUUCUUAUUGUUUUUGGAAUAUUUUCUAAGAUAUCUGCCUUAUUUGUGGCAAUACCAGAUGCCGUGCUUGGAGGGAUGACUACAUUUCUAUUUGCAAAUGUAGUCACUUCUGGCAUUCGUAUCCUUUGUUUCGUGGAUUGGACCAGAAGAUCUCGUUUCAUUGUUGCAUGUACUCUUUCUAUUGGACUUGGUGCAACAUUGUUGCCUGAGUGGUUUUCUUCUGUUAUUCCCAGUGUUGAACAAAACAGUGCACUUCAAGGGCUCAUACAAGGCAUUGAUAUUAUUAUGUCCACUGGUUUCUGUAUCGGUGCAUUUAUAGCUGUGUUUUUGAACCUGAUUUUGCCAGUAGAUGAAGAUUGUCAAAAGGAGGACAUGAGUAGAGUUGGAAAUCAGGCAUCUCUAACGGAGAGCAGUGUUACUAUCCAAGGACUGAUAACAGACGAAGACAUCAAAUAGAGUUGUCUUUCAUUGAAUUGUCAUGUAGUUUGUAGUGGUUUUGAUU